AUGUACAGGAAGAGCUCUUUUGCCAGCCAGUUCUCCUCUGAGCUGUCUGGCAACAACAACGCCAGCAGAAACGAGCUCACCUCCAUCAACAAGCUCAUCAACAGCUCCAAGAGCAGCUCUUACAGAAAGAAGAAAAAGUCCAUUAUCUACUUGCGAUACCAGCUAGCUGAGUUGGAGAAGAACUUCCAGAAGUUUGACAAGCUAAUAGAGAUCCACUCAAAGCAAUUGAACUCCAUCAAGAAGUUGGCCAUCUUGAACACUAGUUUGUUUAUGAGUGUUGAUAAGAUUGUGGAAAUGGAUUUCAAAAAGGAGAUGGGUGUGCAAGUGAAUGACGAGGCCAAACAAGACGAGCUUCAUGGUUCCAAUGAACGCCCUCUCAAUAACAAUGAAAACGACAAAGAUAACAAUAAUGUUGGCAGUAAUGGCGACAACAAUGGCUACAACAAUGACCGUAAUAAUGGCAAUUUCAACGUCGACUCAAAUGAUCUACAUGAGAGAAAUGAUGAGGACAGUGAGGAAAACAAACCCAUCGAGAUAGAUGAAACAUUUGAACUAGACUGA